GGCAGUCGGAACAGAGCCACCAAAAGGAAUACAUAACAGGAACUGUGUAUUAUUUUCUGUUGGCUCUUUUGCUCUCUGCUGCUGCUGCACGAGACAUUAUCACUUAACUGGUAGAGGGGAAAACUCGAAAAAAAGGCAGAAACAGAAGUUAGUAGUUAGUCGACAUGUCGACAACAGCUAAUCAGCAAAUAAGCAGCGUUCAACUGUCAAUAUUUCGUCAAUAAGUAUGGGAAGCCAGAAUUUUUCUCCAUGGCCGUUUGGUCUGCAUCCUGAAUAUUUAGAGGCGAGAGUAAUGGAUCUUAGCGGCUCUCAACACUACCCCUACAGCAGCAGCAGCAAUCACCACCAGCAUCGAUAUGUUAACGAGUGGCAUAAACCGCCGCCGACGGUUGCUGCACCCUCAUCUCUGCACACGGCCGCUAUUGAUUUAUCUCGACCAUUAGCACCAGUUUAUCACUGCGAUGUACCUGUCAUUAGUCAAACUCAAGCUGGCAAUAUUGUGACAGCCGACGAACGCCGCCGGCAACAACCCUUGGACGGAUGCAAAUCCACCUGGCCGCCGCCGCCAGCCAACUGCAGCCAGCAAUCAAACAGCAACAACGCUAUUACGAUUUAUGAAAUUUCAUCUGACGAUGACACUGUGGACAGCGACGAUGAAAAGCUGCUUGUUAUUGACGAGUACGUCAACUUGUCCGCAGACGAAAUGGAUGCCUAUGCUGAUGGAUUGCUUGAGACUGCAAUACAGGAAAAAUUGCAGCCAGCAAAGCAUGAUGAAGUAAAGCAGUCAUUGGUACAACCAAAAGAAGCUUCCCCGGAGAAAAAACAUGUGUUGCACACCCAGCCGCUGAAGCACUUCAGCUUGAUGAAGAACAAAAUCAAGGAGACCUUCAAGAAUAGUUCUCAAUCCCUGAAGCAGAAACUCUUCCAUAAGGUGUCCUACAAGAAACUAAACGAGCAGCCUGUUAACAAAGUCAUUGAUGUUGAAUGUCCAUCAGAGGAGUACCAAGUGAAAGUUCACAGUGAAAAUUCCUCUGCCCUGAAAAUAAUACUCGCAAAAUCCUCAAAGGGUGGUAAUAAAAAAGCGGAGUCGCAGGAGCAAAAGACGCCUUCAGCAGCCGCGGCGAGCAGCUCUUCACCGGGCUUAGCGUGCUACUCGAGGCCAAAGCCCAAAGAGCACAAAUAUGAGCAGAAAAAUAGCAGGGAGCACAAUGGUAAACAGACGACUGGCAAAUCCCCUCCAAACGAGAGUCGUAAAGAAGGAAAAAGCCAUGAUUCGACUAAAAAACCCACCGCCGCGCCAAGCAAGAAUGACGGGCCGGAGGAAAUGAAAAAGCAGAAGUCCUCGACGGCUGAAAUGAGUGAAACAAAGCGCGCCGGUGAUGCAAAUAAAAGGAGCGUUAAAAAGCUACUCUCCGACAGGGAGCUGCGCCGCAAGUUUGGUUGCACAAAGCAGGUGCGCGUCGUCAUCAAGAGGCUGGCCAAGGACGAAAUUCAGCGGCUCACCUGCCGCAAAACCCAAAUUCCUCUUCUGAAAGUCAAACCGCAAAAGUCCCAGAGCUUCAAAAUUGACUCGAGUCUGAAGGCAGCCGCCCUGAUGGAUAUGUUGCUCUCAAAGCCGCCUGAAAAAGCCGCAAAGCCUCCGCAAAUAAUAUUUGCUCCCCGCAGAGUCGUAAAAUGUCAUAAUACAGCCGCACCUGCCGCCACCCCCGUGGUGGCAAAACAAAAUAGUAGCUGCGGCGGAAAAGUGACGGUGAAUAGCAAGACUUUUCCCAGGGAGAUGAUCGGACUGCUUGAGAGAGACAUUGAGCGCACCGUGCCCUUGGAGCGAUUCAUUAAUGACAAGAAGCGAAAUGACAAAAUCGACUGGAUCGUGCUAGACGGAAAAAUGCAAUUCAGCAUGCACCAGAGGACAACGCUGAGCAAGGAGGUCAAAGUCAAGGUCUACAUGCCGCCAGAGCAUUCUGUUCAGGAUGUCAAAGCUGAUAUUGAAGAGCAGACGGCGGCCAGACAGGCGGCCAUUGACAGGAUCAGGGCGAAGAGGCAGCCGGUGAAGGUUGAGGGUGCCAAUGGAGAGAUGGUGCUGGGAAACCCUAUUAUGGAAGAGGUUGAAGAAUGCUGCUCCGCCGAGACCAAGAGGCAAUUCGCCAAGAAGCUGAACGCAGCUUCCGGGCUGACCUUCCUGCAAUUGUUCCCAACUCCGAGGGUGAGCGUGGAGCGGCAACAGGAGCUGCUGCCUAAUCACUGGCAUUCUAAAUUAUUGAGCGCGCCCUUCCUGAUUGGCAAAUACGUGUUGCGAGGUGUGAACUCGUUGUCGAGGGAGUUCGAGUACGUCGCGGCCAAAUUCAAUAAGAGCAGCCGGCAACGCGUGCUGGCCGUAGACAAAGUCGAGAAUCCGCACCUCUGGUUCAGGUAUCAAUUGAAGAAAGAGAAGCUCGAGCUGACAUACCCCCAUGUGCAAGAAGUCCACCUGUUCCAUGGCACAGACAAGCAGUAUGUGGACUCGAUUCUCACUUACAACCUUGACUGGAAGUUUUUUGGUCGCAAGAAAGGUUCUCGUUUCGGACGAGGCUACUACUUUUCCCCGCUCAGCUCCUAUGCCAUGCAUUACACAGACCAGAACACCAAGCACAGCAUCAUGCUGCUCUUCCGCGUCCUCACCGUGAAGCAGUGCAUUGGCUUCGAGGACUCGGAACUGCCCGACGAAGGAUACGACACAAACAUCAGUGAGAACGGCAAGGUGUGGGUCAAGUUUGAUGUGGACGAUGUCUUUCCGGACUACGUGAUCCACUUCCAGUACGAGGACCCUCCUGAAAAAGCUUACCUCUUUGUCAAGCACAGAGUUGCCAUUCGUAAUAGGGAGGCAGAAAAGUGGAAGAAGAACUAUUGGAAGUACUGCAUCUGGAACAAAUUCCGACAGUGUCAUCAGAGACGACCUAUGACCUGGCGCAAGUUCUACAUGCGCGUGAAGAAGUUCAAACCCAAAGUGCAAAAACCAAGCAAGCACAGCAAGCUGAGGUGCUCUCAGUGGCGUGGCCCAAGCCAGGUCUCGAUGACCUACAAGCCCAAACUGUCAUCUGCGCCUUACAAGAACAUGUCUGUGUGGAAACAGCCAAAACGGUUCAAGCAGAAUAAUAGAGUGGUGGGUUCAUACCGGGCCAAAAAGCGAGUGCCUUAGUAUGUGAAGAACACACUGGACCAUCUCGGAAUAUAAACAUCCCAGUUAGUUUCCUUGCUCGUAGAUGGGAAUUAACUUACUCUAUUGACAUAAAAUCAAAAUUAAAGCUUGGAUAAUUUUUUUAUUCUUAAUUGCAAGGGGAAUCGAGUUUCCAGUCUGAUGUUAACUUGUAUUGCAGCCAGACUAAUAAUGGCAAAAAAGCCAUUUUUUCUGGUAUUACUCAAAGUGAAAUUACUGUAGAUCUGUUAUCUGUAGAUGAUUUAACAAUAAGCAUUUCUUUUUCUUGAAUAUUUCACACUAAAACUGUGGUAUAAUGAAAAAUAAUCUGAAAAUAACUCUAUUUUGACUGAUUAAUAAAAUGAUAUUGCUUA